CAUCCGUCUACCGGGAAACAUGGACGAAGAUGAUGACGCCUACCUCUACGGCGACCCGACGGACGCCGGGCAGUCUACUACCGUUGAGACUUCUGUGCCUCAGCCGGUUCCCCUAGAAAAGGCCCAGCCUGCAAACGGUGUCUUGGCCCAACUGGAAGCGAACGUGAAGGAAGAAAAUGCGGACGAGGAGGAAGAAGAUCGCGGGGACAUGGGUGACGAGGACGAAGAUGAGGGGGACGAAAGCGAAGAUGAUAUCGAGAUUAUUAUGGAGCCAGCUAAUCGCUCACUUGACUUCCGACAAAACCGUCCCAGCGUUACCCGCACUCUUAGUGCAAGUGUGAGCACUCCCACUAAACCGGGCCCACCAGCACCAUCACUUACGACGGAGUAUACCCCACGAGAACGGGGUGACCCUCUCAACAAAUCGUUAACCUCCAGGUCCACUCCUCAAGCAACCCCACAACCGACGUCAAUAUCCUCCCAGUCCCAACCCCCAGAAAGCCAGCCCCAAGAGCAGAAACAAGCAGAUGACGGACCUGACCCGAACACACUUCCCCCUGCACAUGCGCCCCCAUCCCAUCCCUCUAUCAAUCCGUCGCUGCCAGGUACCAUCGAUGGCAGGUCAAUCUUCGAAUAUGAUAUCCAGGCUAUGGCGGAGAAGCCCUGGAGAAGACCCGGCUCGGAUAUCAGUGACUGGUUCAACUAUGGCUUCGAUGAGGUAUCAUGGGAAGCUUACUGCUAUCGGAGGAGAGAGAUGGGAGACGUCGCUAGCUCUCUCAAAGCGAAUAUCUUGAACUUCGCUGGGAUGCCGGAGGAGCAAAUCGCUGCCCUUCCACCAGAAGUCCGGACGAUGAUCAUGGCGAACGUCGCUUCCAUGAUGCCAGGCGGCGGUCCCAACCCCGCCAUGAUGCAGGCGGGCAUGGGCAUGAAUCCCAUGAUGCACCCAGACAUGUCAGGGAUGAUGGGAAUGGGGAUGGGUGACAUGGGCAAUAUGGGCAAUAUGGGCAUGGGCAUGCAAGGACCUGGCCAGAUGAUGCAGGAAGGCAUGGUUCCGGGGGCAGCUGGUGCGACGCCCGAGCAGGGCGGACCUGGGAUGGGUAUGGGUGAAGGAUUCGGUGCCGGUGGGCCGGGUGCAGGUAUGAUGGGUAUGGGUAUGGGUGGAGAAUUUGGCAUGCAGGGCAUGCAGGAUCAGACCGGCAUGGGCCAACAGAUGUACCCAGGGAUGGAGGGCAGCGGCACUCCUGGCCCCGGCCCUAGCCAGGGUCCCAGUUCUGGACCUGUGCAAACUCCGACUCCCAUUCCCGCCGCACCACGAGGUCCCGCCACUCCUGUAUCGUACCGAGGACGACCCAUGCAGCAAGGCAUGGGAGUGCGUGGCAUGCGGGGUGGGUACGGUAUGGGGAGAGGUAGAGGCCACGCACCUCAAAACCUUCCUGUUAGACCAGCCUCUCCUCUUCCUCCAAACGUUCCUACAGGACCGAGGAAUCAAAAAUAUAGGGACAAGGAUGCCAAUGCACCUGCUGUCGAUGGUCUAGACUACGGCGGAGGUGGAGGUGGGGCACAUAGGGACAAUGCAACACCUGAUGAUGACAGAGGGAGCCGGAAGCGCAGAGGCUCGCCGAAUGGCGACGACAGGAGCUCGAAACGGCGCUAGCGCCCCAUUGUGCUUGCAUUCGUCGGGCAUGUGUAUCCAUGUAUACUCGUAAUGUGCGGCUAAUAUACUCCGGGCGUCCUGAUCCCGUUCGCUCGGGACAGAUGUGUUGUGGUGUGC